UCAAUUUGACUAUAGUCACGUUGAAGGUUAAAAACAUUAAAAUCGUACAUCUAUCAAAACAAAUUAUAAAAAUGUUUAGCGUAAAUUAUCCAAAUGGCAAAGUUUUGCAUAUCACAAAAAUUGAUUCUAAAUUUAAAAUUAAUGAAUUAUGGAAUCACCUUCAUGAAUUGGGAUUUGAGAAGGAAAACUAUUAUCUAACGCAUCAAGGACGUCUUGUAUAUGAAGAUUCUGAAAUUGAAGGAUAUGUAACAAUUAAUCCCAAGUUUUUAGGUGGUAAAGGUGGAUUUGGUUCUAUGUUACGAGCUAUUGGAGCUCAAAUAGAAAAAACAACAAAUCGUGAAGCAUGUCGAGAUUUAAGUGGACGUCGAUUAAGAGAUAUUAAUGAAGAGAAACGUCUCAAAGCAUGGAUAGAAAAGCAGGCAAGUCGAGAUAAUGAAGCUGCUGAACGGAAAAAAAGAAAAUUAGAACGACUUUGUGCUGAACCUAAUUAUAAGUUCGAGGAUAAAGAUUACGAAUGCGAGAGAUCAUUGCUUACUGAAAAAGUUGACAACGCCGUUGAAGAAGGACUAAAAAUUACGAAAAUGAAUGAUACUGUAUCUGUACAAAAAGAAAUAUCUAAAAAAGGAGUAAAAAGAAAAACGAUUUUGGAUGAUGAUGAAGACUUUGACGAUGACGACGACGACGAGGAUGAAGAUGAUAAUGAUGUACAUAGUUCUGAUAAAUCAAAUAGUUCAAAUAGUUCAUCUCCGUCGAAAAAAAUAAAAAUGUCAUAAGGAUUUAUGAAAUAAUUCAUAUUUAGUUUUGCUGGAAUUCAAUAAGAAUAACAAUUAUUACAAUCAACAAAAAAAACCAUCCUGGAAGAAAUUAUUCAUCAAUUGUAUGACUUUAUUAUAUUAAUGUAUUAUUAAAUUGCAUU